AUGAAUAACAUUAGCUCCUUGCUUUACCUUAUACCUUUGAUAUUGUUCGUACUUCAUAAAUUAAGUGCCAUCAUUUUACUAUAUUAUUAUUUAUUAUCAAAAACUUAGGAUAGAUUUGUUAGAUUAAUUUCUAAAAAAAUAUUUUUGAAAGUCUUGGGAAUAUUUUUUACAAUAUACAUAAAAUUAAUUAGUACAAUUUUACUAAUAAUUUUUGGUUUGCUUUGCAUGGCUAGCUUUAAGAUAUAAUUUAUAUAGUAAAAUCAAGAUAAUUUGUUCUAACUUCAUCUAAUUACCAAUAUCAUCACAAUUCUUUUGUUGCUCAUAGAAUCAACAUUCAUUUUAUAUUUUUAUGAAUCGUCUAUAACCCAUCAAUAAAGAGAUAUAGAAAGAACCAGAUUUACUUAUUUGAGAGCACUCUAUUAGAUACUAAUAAUAAUUUAAGUUUCCAUGAUUCUUUUAGGGAACAUGAAAUACUAUAUUUAAAUUUAAUCAUUUUUAGCCAUUUUUUCUCAAAUAACUUUGUUAAUUGAUCAAUACCAUAGUGUAGUCUACUCUUUGGAUUAUCAACGAUAAUCUAUUGCCUUAGGCGUAUCAUUUAAUAUUUCAUUUCAUAUAAUUGCAUUAAUUCAUAUCAACAUUUCCUUAUAAUCAUAUCUUUUACCUUUGUUUGUAAACUAAAUGUUGAUCUAUUAAAUAAUUCGAAACUACUCGAGACAUUUUGAUUAAACUACUCUAAAAAUACUAUUUGAUUCAAAAGUAUAGGUUUAUUGGUAAUUAAAGUAUUGGUUAAUCAAAUUAUUAAAUAAUGAUAUCCCAAACAUUAGUUAAGAAGUCAUUUUUAAGUCUUUGAUUGCUUCUUAACAUAGGUAAGUCUGCAUGGAUUUAAGCUGUGUAUUUUGUUCUCAUUCAAAAAUAAUCAAUCCAACUUAUACAAGUGGUAUCACAAAACAUAUCUAUAAUGAUUUUUUAAUGGAGAAAUUGCAAUAAUUUCUGACAUCAAACACUUUUUUUUAAUAGUCAUCAGAUAAUAAUGGGCUUUUAUAGUACGCAUUUGCUUUAUAUGAUUGUGGGAUGAUUAUGAAAUCCAUAAAAAUUCUUUGUUUUUUACAAGAAUAUCAUUAAAAUUAAGAUAUCUCUAAACUUUAAUCUUUUUCCCAGUAUCAAGAUGAUAAUCAUUAAUUAAGUCAUUUUGAGUUGAUUACCUUAAAGCCAAAAACUUCUUAAGAAAAUUACGAUUUGUUGUGUAAUUUAACAAAAACCUCAUAAGAUUCUAAACUUAUUUAAAUUCUUUAACAUCAGUAAUCUAAGAAAUACUCAAUGAUAGAUUAGAUAAAAUUGAAAUUUGUAUUUAAUAAUGCCAAAGCCAAUAUAAAUAAAUCUUUAGGAACUUCAAGUGAGGCAACAUAACAAAAUUACAUUACUAAUUACACAGAACAGGUUAUCGAGAAAGAUCUUUAAGUCAAUAUUUAAGAAUAAAGUGUAUUAAAGGUAAUUUAAGCAAAGGUUGAUCUUUACUAAUAAUUAGUUUAAACAUCCUCAAUCAAAUAAAGUAUACUUCAUUUUCACAAUUAAGUGCAUAGAUUAUGCCAUUAUUUUUAUGCUUUAGAUAAAUAAUUAAAAAAGGCCUAUUUGUAAAGCCCUUGUUUCCAUUUGCACAGAGUAAUUAGUUUUUUCUUAGGAGAAGUUUUGGGUGAAUAUAGAAGAUCAAUAAACUUUUAUAAAAAUUCAGAAUUCUUUGAGGCUCCAAUACUAUAAUUUAAAUAAAUUAAGAAUUUUAAUAUUAAUUCGAAACACGUUUACUAUUUAAUCCUAGAAGCAAAAGAUGACAUGGAAUCUUUUACAAUAUAAUCAUAUUCCAAUAAAUUUUAUAAAAAUUUUGGGACCACUAAAAGUGCUAAUUAAACCCAUUAAUUUAAUGAUUUGCUACCAAAAUAUUUGGUUAAGCAUCAUUGCACUUAUGUUAAAAGAUUUUUUGAGACAGGAGUGGCCAAAUAUUACUAAUAGUUUGAUCUUAGUUUUAUUAGAAAUUCAAAUAUGCUCUUAACACCAAUUAAUAUGUGUCUUUCAAUUACAAAUAAAUUCCUUAAUUAAAAUGUUACUUUUGCUGCAUUCUUUUAAGAUACCUCUUAUGAUUAAGCAUAUAUUCUUAUAGAUAGUGCAAGUUUGAAAUGUACAUUUACAGAGAAUCUAUUGAUUUUGAUUGGAUGGACUGAAAUAGAAAUCCAAUGUUUAAGCAAAUAAGAAAACUUAAAUGAAUUUGAUAUUAAUAAAAUAUUCCCCAGCUUUGUUAGAAUGAUUAAAUCAAAUUAAGAGAAACUAUUCAAAGUUAACUAUUGUACUUUAAUUUUGCCUAAAAUCUAAGACAAUCUUUAAACUUAGAGAUCCUUAUUUUCCGAAAACUCACAAUUAUUCUUAAAUUAUGUAAAAACCUAGUGCGAUCUAAUAAUAAUCAAACAAACUAUCGAUAACUAUGAGUAUUAUCUAAUAAAUGUUAUUAAGAUAGUUGAAACUUAAACCACCUCAGUUCUGAAUAAAAAAAUCUUUUAAUAAUAGUCUAUAAAUGUAGAAAAUGGAUAGAAUAAUGAAGAGAAUUUUCAUGACAACUAGACUAGUGGAGAAAAGAUGGAGGCCUUGUUUUCAACUGUAAAAGAAGAACACAUUGAUAUCCAUAAGAAAACUUUUAUCUAGAAAAUUCAUAAAGAAUCAAAUAUUGACAACGUUUAAAUUGAUAAAAUGUAUUCUUUAAUUGAGUCUAUUUUGUCAGUGAAAACACCAAAAUAUCUUUAGAAAUUUGUAGUUCUUAUGUUAAUUUGGCAUUCCAUCUUUAUUAUUUUUGUCACCAUCUUCUUUGUCUCUUUGUAAGAAGACAUUCAAUAAGUGAAGUCGCAUCUUGAAAUGGUAACUUUUUAUGCAGCAAUCAUGGCACCUCAUGAUCUUUUCUUUUCUAUGAGAGUUACUAUAACUGCUUAUCAAUAAAUGCAAAGAGAAGGAUUCCUUACUCAGAAAUAAGUGACAGAAUUAACUAAUCCCUAUUACGAUCAUAUUGAAUUAGGAUUUACUGAAUUAAGGGAUAGUUUUUAUGAAUAACUUAAUAAUAAAUAUCUAUAGGAAUUCUUGAAUGAUAUCAAUGUGACAAUGUAUUUCAUGAAGGAUGAUGAAAAGUCAAUAUACCCACUGAACCUUACCUUCAGAGAUGCUUUAUUAGUCAUACUCUAAUAUCAAUAUUCUUAAAUGAUGACUUUUUACUAUCGGCAAAGCACAUCAGGUAAACCAUUUUAGAUUUCAUUGUUUGCCAAUUAUUUCAUGCUUCAUUCUAAAUGUGAGUAGUUAUCUAAUGAAAUCACAAUCUACUCUAUAGAAAAUAAAAACUAUAUUCAUAGAAAAUGGUCGAUUAUUACUUUUGUAGGCUUUUCUUCCUUAAUUCUAUUUUACCUAAUAAUUUAAAGUUAUUAAAUAUAUUUUUUUGUCUAACUGGACUAAAUGUACGAAUUAAUAAAUACAUUAACAUUUGAUAUUGUUUAAAAGGAGAUUGAUAAAUUUCACGAAUACAUCAAUAACUACAAAUUAGAUCGAUAUAUUUUACUUGAUUAUGAUCCAAUCGAUAGAUAUUGUAAUUAGAUUGAAAAUUAUCAAAGAAAUUUAGGGUAGUAAUAUAUAAAAGUAAAAAUUAAGACAAAAAAUUAACCAAAAUUGAUAAAUUAUUCUAUGCUCUUUUCAUUAUGUGCAUUACUAUCUAUUUAUUUUAUUCUCAUUUUUAGUAAUACAAAUACUUAUUUAUAAAAAUAUGAAGGCAACUUACAAUUCUAUAAAAUUUUGCAAGAUCUAAAAUUACGACCAGGUAGCCUAUUUUUAUAUAGAGAAAUCUUUUUUAGGUGGUCAAAUUUUACAUUUUUAACUGAGGAAAAUUAACAAGAGUUAUAUUCUCUGGUUGAUAAAGCAGAAUAAUCUAUCAAUAGUUAUUUAGAAAAUACUAACGCCUUUUAUGUAAAUUCUUAGAUUAUUGAUGAUGAAUUUGAUUAAUUAUAUAGUUUAGUUAGUCAAGAUAAUCUGUGUUAAUUCAUUGAUAAAAAAUUUUAAAAUCUAACUUCAAAAUAUUGCAAUUUAUCCUUUGAUGGAUCCUUAAAGUCUGGAAUGAUAUCUACAUUAAAUCACUUAUUACAUUCCAUCUAAACUCAAAAGGCUGUUAACAAUUUUACGAAAAGAGUAGAAGUUAGCUUAUAUGAAUAGGAAGGAUCACAAAUAGUGACCAGAGUCUUUUUCUCACUUUCCAAUCAAUUUAGCAAAAGUGCUGCUUCAUAGGCUGACUUUUCUAUCUAGCUAAUUAAGAUUUUAUCCUUAGGUUUUAUAGUUUAUAUCAUAAUAGUCUUACUUAUGAUGCAACUAAUAUAUCGUCCUUAUUUAUAAAAGCUUUUUAAAGUACUUAAAAGAUCAGUUUAUUUGAUCCCAUUUGAUUCCUUAUUCUCAAGUGAAAGCUUAGAACUACGCUUAAAAUCUAUUAGUUAUAAGCUAUAAUUAUUAUGA